GCUCUUUCUCUCUCACACGAACUCUCUCGUCAAGCUAGCUUCAAAGCCCACAGUGGCUUUUAUCUCCAAAUUUCCUUCUCUCUCUCUAUAUAUAUUUAUAUAUACAAGCAUAUGCAAUUAACUCUGUAGCGUUUCUGAAGCAUCUGUUAGAUCUACUGCCCAGAUUAAGUACAUGGAUUGAAUGAGAUUUGCGAGAAACGGAAACCAGAAGAACAGCAGCCCAAGGUCAUAGUGGACAUUGGUGGCAGUGGCUGUUGUAUUGGGGUCUGUUCCAUCUGUGAAAUCUGAAUAUUCUUUCUGGAGCAGGGUAGUAUAUAACAGAUUGAAGUUUUGCUUUUCUGGGUUGAGCUUGAUUAAUUUUUUGGGUUGGUCACUAAAUUAAUAGGGUGUCAACAUCACUCUCGAGUGACAUUCAAGUGGAUUUCAUUCUACGAAUGCUAAGCAAAAUAAUCACAGCUACGGUUUGAGGAUUUCAAUGCUACUGAGACUUCUGGAAUUGAUGACAAAAGUUGAGACAAUCAUGGAUGUACGUGUUAAAUUUGCAAAAUAUGAGAGAACAGGGAUUAUUUACAAUGAAUGAAUAUUUUUUAUUGUAGAAAUUGUUGCUUUCCUGUAAAAGAGUAAUGAAACGUUGUAAUUUUAGGAAAUGCGAACAGCUGUGAUGUAAAUUAAUUAUCUUGGUGCUUAUCGGGAAGUCUGUAGUUUCCUGGAUUCGUUAGCCAAGCUUUAACACCGCCCUAUUGGAGUAUUUUGUGGGAAAUCCCCAUUUAUACCAUGGAAUCUACGACAUCGCAUACAAAUCAUCUGUCGGGUGCUAUUCAUCGGUUUAUGCCUUUCAUUGCACCUGCACUUCUGGUUUCAAUAAGUUAUGUUGACCCUGGAAAGUGGGCUGCGACUGUUGAAGGAGGUGCUCGGUUUGGGUUUGAUCUGUUUGUGUUAGUGCUUCUUUUCAACCUUGCUGCCAUUUUGUGCCAGUAUCUCUCGGCUAGCAUUGGGGUAGUCACUGGAAGAGGUCUUGCCCAGAUUUGCAGCGAGGAGUAUGAUAAGUGUACAUGCAUCUUCCUGGGAAUUCAAGCAGAGGUUUCUGUGAUUCUGUUAGACCUUACCAUGAUCUUGGGCAUUUCACAUGGACUCAAUCUUCUACUUGGGUGGGACCUCUUCACGUGUGUCCUUUUGACGGGUGUUGUGGCUGCUUUAUUUCCUCUUUUUGCUAAUCUUCUGGAAGAUGGUAGGGCAAAGUUCAUGUAUAUAUGCAUGGCUGGGUUUAUAUUGCUCUCUUUAGUUCUUGGAGUACUCAUCAGUCAACCUGAAAUCCCACUUUCCAUGAAUCUCAUGCUGACAAGGUUAAAUGGGGAAAGUGCAUUUACUCUUAUGAGUCUUCUUGGAGCAAGUGUCAUGCCUCACAAUUUUUAUGUGCAUUCUUCUAUUGUGCAGCAGCAGCAGAGUCCGCCAAAUAUUUCCAAAGAAGUAUUGUGUAAUAAUCAUUUGUUUGCUAUCGUCUGCAUAUUCAGUGGAAUUUAUGUGGUGAAUAAUGUUCUCAUGAACUCAGCUGCAAAUGUAUUCUAUAGCAGUGGCCUUGCUUUGCACACCUUUCCAGAUGCAUUGUCUCUAAUGGAGCAGGUAUUUAGGAGCCCAAUGGUUUAUGUUCUCUUCUUGCUUGUUCUGUUUCUAUCAAAUCAAAUUACAGCUUUCACAUGGAGCCUUGGUGGUCAACUGGUCCUGACUAAUUUUUUGAAAUUAGAUAUUCCUGGUUGGCUCCAUUGUGCUACGAUUAGGAUUAUUGCGAUUAUUCCAGCACUCUAUUGUGUCUGGAGUUCAGGAGCUGAAGGGAUGUAUCAACUUCUUAUAUUUUCUCAGGUUAUGGUAGCUCUAUUGCUUCCAUCUUCUGUGAUUCCCCUCUUUCGUGUUGCUUCGUCAAGACCAAUCAUGGGUGCCUUCAAAAUAUCGCAGCUUGUUGAAUUCAUAGCAAUUGUCAUCUUUGUUGGAAUAUUAGGACUGAAAAUUGUAUUUGUUGUAGAGAUGUUUUUCGGUAACAGUGAUUGGGUGGUUAAUUUGAGGUGGAACAUGGGGAGUGGUUUGUCAAUCCCGUACGUGGUUCUCCUUAUUACUGCUUGUUCAGCGUUCUGUCUGAUGCUAUGGUUGGCAGCUACCCCAUUAAAAUCGGCCACUGCUAUUGCCCAAUUAGAUGCACAAGUAUUGAACUGGGAUGUGCCAGAGGUUAAACCUGAUUCAGCUGUUGAGAGAGAAGGCAUUGAUUUGGGGAAAGGCUCAUACAGUGCAGAGCCUAUAGCAAGUCAUUCAGACUUGUCUGUUCCAGAGUUUGAUUUUGAUUUGCCUGAAAAUAUUAUGGAGCCUGUUCAGGUGCUUGAUUCAAUUAAUCAAGGUGAGACUCAAUCUAGUAGUGUAGUUCCAAGCUCCCCUAAAUACGUUUCAGAGAAUCUCAUAUCCACUGAGGAAUUAGUCUCAUCCUCAACUGUUACUCGUGAUGAUCCUGACUCGACACUGGCUGACAAAAAGGUCUUAAAAAUUGAUUCAGUGGAGCCAGUUGAGAAGACUGUUGGACUUGACGGCGACUUGCGUUCUGAGAAGGAUAGUUACGAGGUUGAUAACUGGGAGGCUGAAGAGCCACUGAAAGAGAUUUCUGGUUGUUUACCGUCUUCAGCAUCUGAGGGCCCUGGAUCUUUCAGAAGUCUUAGUGGGAAAAGUGAAGAAGGUGGGAACGGUACUGGUAGUCUUUCAAGGUUAGCUGGACUUGGACGUGCUGCAAGGCGCCAACUAACUGCAAUUCUUGAUGAAUUUUGGGGGCAGUUGUAUGAUUUUCAUGGAGUGGCCACUCAAGAUGCUAAGGAUAAGAAACUAGAUUUAUUACUCGGAAUUGAUUCGAAACUUGUAACUUCCUCUCUGAAAUCAGACGCGGUUGGAAAAGAUUCUCCUUACUCAUCUCCUCUUGGAAGCAAAGCAUCUAAUCCAAUUUCUUCAGGUUUAUACGACUCUCCGAAGAGUUUGAGGGUACAAAGUGGCUUAGAUUCACCCUAUGGGGUACAAAAGGGACAUCAACCAAUGUGGUCUAACCACAUGCAGCUUUUUGAUCAAUAUGUCAAUAAUUCUAGCCAUAAUGGUCUUGACUCUGGAGUGAAGCGCUAUUCUAGUUUACGCAGUUUGCCUUCUUCUGAGAGUUGGGAUCAUCAGCCUGCCACGGUCGACGGUUCUCAGUUAUCUUAUCUUAGUAGAAUGGCCAAGGACAGAAGUUCUGGUCACUUGAAUGGUCAAUUGGAUCCAUCAGCCUCUAAAUAUCAUACCUUGGGUGGUGCUGGUGGUGCAAGCUUGCGGGACUCGGUUGCUUUUGCAAUGGGGCAGAAGUUGCAAAAUGGCUUGGGUGCUUGUCAGGCCCCUGCCCCUGGAUUCCCUAACUUUGCUGUAUCCAGGAAUCCUGCUUCCGAAUCUGACCGGCAAUAUUAUGAUCUUUCCCCUUCUGGAACCGGUGAGAAUUUAUCGAGUGUAUCUAAUACCAAGAAAUACCACAGUUUGCCUGAUAUUCAUCGCGAUCAGCAUGUAUCAGAUAAGAGUUCUCAAUGGGAUAACGUGACUGGUUAUGGAUCAUCUAUCAGUCGGAUACCAUCUCGUGGGUUGUCCUACACAAAUUCUGGAUCAAGAUCAGUGGCUCCUUUAGCAUUUAAUGAACUUUCUUCGUCAGGUGUUUACGGUGGUGCUUUGUCGCCACAAAUGAAUCCUCCUUUGGAUUCUGGAUCCUUCUGGUAUAGACAGCCUUCUGAGCAAUUUGGCUUGGGUAAAAAUAGUAAUUCUGAGAGUAAAGGAAUUGGAAGGCUGCACACAAUUAGUCAAGAAGCUUCUUUUGUUGUGAAUUCAGAGGCUAGGCUUCUCCAAUCCUUCAGAGACUGCAUUGUCCGACUUCUGAAAUUGGAAGGAUCAGACUGGUUGUUCGGGCAAAGUGAUGGUGCUGACGAGGAACUAAUUGAUUGCGUAGCUGCCAGGGAGAAAUUUCUUUAUGAAGCUGAGACACGGGUGGUCCGUAUGAAAGAACCUCCUUCAUUUUCUCCUGAUAGGAGAUCAGGAUCUGGACUGAAGAACGACUCGAACUUUGCAAAUGUUUCUAAAUCCUCAGUACCUCAUUGUGGGGAAGGCUGUAUUUGGAGAUCAGAUUUGAUUGUAAGUUUUGGUGUAUGGUGCAUUCACCGAAUUCUGGAUCUCUCGCUUAUGGAAAGUCGGCCAGAACUAUGGGGAAAAUAUACUUACGUACUAAAUCGUCUUCAGGGUAUUAUUGAUCCAGCAUUUUCAAAGCCUCGCAUACCAAUGCCGCCAUGCUUCUGCCUUCAAAUUCCCCAAGCAUUCCAGCAGAAGAGGUCAAGCCCACAAAUUGCAAACGGAAUGUUGCCUCCUGCUGCAAAACCUGGCAAGGGAAAAUCCACCACUGCUGCAAUGCUUCUGGAUAUGGUUAAGGAUGUGGAAAUGGCAAUCUCUUCCCGAAAGGGCCGAACCGGUACAGCUGCAGGUGAUGUAGCCUUCCCAAAGGGGAAGGAGAACUUGGCAUCGGUCCUCAAACGCUACAAGCGACGGUUAUUCAAUAAGCCUGUUGCCACUCUCGAAGUAUCACGCAAGCUUCCAGCAGCAGCAUCUGUUCCUUACAGCUCAUAGCAUUUACACCCAAACAUGGUGAUGAGAAGAACUAGCAGCUGUUUAAUUUUGGAAAGCAGCUCAUGGUCUGGAAAGAGAUGCCCCCAUCUUGGUCUUUCACUCUUUCACUCUCAAAACAUGUAUCAUCAAAGCCCUUUGCUUCGGAUUUUCUUCCCACAUGUUAGAAUAUGAAUAGGAUGUGACUCAUUGGACUUGGUGCAAACUUGCAUGGAGAUUGAUUGGUACGAUGGUUGCACCGGUUACUCGUGUCAACGUAAUCGCCGGAGAGACCACGAGGUGACCUGAAAAAGUUGAAAAAUGUUCGUAUAUAGCAGACAGAGGUCUAAUGUGCUGUGUAUAUAUAUUGUCUGUGCAAAACUUUCUGAACAUUUCAAAACCUUUUUCCACAAAGGUAUUCUAGUCUGGCUGUUUGUUACAUCAUGA